AUGAAGCAGAGUGGAGCAGAAGUGGAGCAGAGUGAAGCAGAGUGGAUCAGAGUGAAGCAGAGUGGAGCAGAGUGGAGCAGAGUGGAGCAGAGUGGAGCAGAGUGGAUCAGAGUGAAGCAGAGUGGAGCAGAGUGGAGCAGAGUGGAGCAGAGUGGAGCAGAGUGGAGCAGGGUGGAGCAGAGUGGAGCAGAGUGGAGCAGAGUGGAGCAGAGUGGAGCAGAGUGGAUAAGAGUGGAGCAGAGUGGAGCAGAGUGGAGCAGGGUGGAGCAGAGUGGAGCAGAGUGGAUAAGAGUGGAGCAGAGUGGAGCAGAGUGGAGCAGAGUGAAGCAGAGUGGAGCAGAAUAA